CGCCCCGUGAGGCAAGAGACGAAGACGGCUGAGCCAGCCAUGGCGGCCGCCUCCGCCUCGGCGUGGUGCUGCCUCCGGUGGGCCUGCUGCGGAGAGGGCGGGGCCGGUCACAUCCCCCUCAAGGAGAUGCCCUCGGUGCUGCUGGAUACGCAGCGGAUGGGAACGGAUGUUGUGAUUGUUAAAAAUGGACGGCGAGUAUGUGGCACGGGAGGCUGCCUAGCCAAUGCCCCUUUGCAUCAGAAUAAGAGCUAUUUUGAAUUUAAAAUCCAGUCUACAGGAAUCUGGGGUAUUGGAGUUGCAACUCAGAAAGUCAACUUGAAUCACAUUCCUCUUGGGCGUGAUACAAAUAGUCUAGUAUUGAGAAAUGAUGGAGCUCUUUACUACAAUAAUGACGAGAAGAACAGAUUGCCAGCAAACAAUCUUCCACAGGAGGGUGAUGUCGUGGGGAUUACAUAUGACCACGUAGAACUAAAUGUUUAUUUAAAUGGAAAGAAUAUGCACUGUCCUGCCUCAGGAAUUAGAGGAACUGUCUUCCCUGUGGUAUAUGUUGAUGACAGCGCCAUUUUGGAUUGUCAGUUCAGUGAAUUUUAUCAUAUGCCUCCAGCAGGGUUUGAAAAGAUACUCUUUGAACAACAGAUUUUCUGAAUAUUUCCACUGAGAAUUUAUUCUCUAGCACUUUUUACCUGUUCUCUCAAAGAUUCACAUUAUUCCCAGAACACAAAUCUGUAUUUAGUAAAAUAUGUUUAACUGUUUGGAAAAAGAACACAUUACCAGAGAGUAUAUUGCAAGUGUUAGGUUUGACUAUUGUUUUGUGUUGUGAACAAUGUUUCUAUUUGAUGUAAAGGAAUUCAGCUGACAGUAUUCAGUGAACUUUGACUUCAGUGAUACUGUACAAUGCACUAGUUGCAUACAUUUUCAUAUAUUUCCACAAAACUGUAUGGUCUGAUGGUAGUUUCAACAUUUCUACUCUUAUGUACAUGCAUUGUCAAAGAAACCAGUCCAAGGUUCUCUGGAUUACAAAUGUUCUGUAUACAGCAAUUCACAACUACAAUAUUGGCAGCUGUUAUUUCUUUUCUUUUUUAAUGACUCAGAUUCCUAUUAUUGUUUACUUCUGAGGGCUCUUGCAUUAAAAUUAGGACAAGUUGCUCACUGUAAAAAAAGCCAAGCCAUGCCUACCUGAAUCAUAGAAUAGUAGAGUUGGAAGGGGCCUAAAAGGCCAUCGAGUCCAACUCCCUGCUCAAUGCAGGAAUCCACCCUACAGCAUACUUGACAGAUGGUUGCCUCUUGAAGAUCAGCUUACUAUGUUGAUAAAACAAACAACAGAAGUGACUAAGUUGUUGGUUGUUAAGCUAAUACUUUCUUUUUGAACUCUUAAUAAUAUCUUAGAGGGAUCUUUUAUUUGCAUGUUUUUUCCAGGGAAAAAAAAUCUAGAGGCUGCUCUUCUCUCUCCUAUUUUUGUGGAUGUUUAAAUGGCCUUUCUUGUGCACUAAGGAUAUCAUAACAUAGGUUUUAUAAAGGUAGCUUUACUGUGCUUCCAGAAAUCUGAAAUAUGCUCUACAUUAAAGAACAAGUUCUUACCUCUGAGAAUAUUAUAUUGUACAAUAUAAAAGUUUUGUAGUUCAAAUGUAA